AUGGAGGGCGGAGUUGACGUGCUCCUGUUGGAGACGGGGCAGGACACGCUGAACAUCAAGGCGGGGCUGGACGGCAUUGACCGCGCCUUUGCAGAAUUGGGGCAAGAGGUGCCGGUCGCGGUGCAGGGCACCGUGGAACCCAUGGGCACAUUGCUGGCUGGGCAGGACGUGGAAUCGCUUUAUGUCUCGCUGUCCCACCGGGACCUGCUGUGGAUCGGCAUCAACUGCGCCACCGGUCCGGCAUUCAUGACCGACCACAUCCGCACUCUCGCUUCCGUUUCCCGCUUCCCCGUAGCCUGUGUGCCCAAUGCCGGGAUGCCCGACGAGGACGGCAAGUACAAUGAGUCUCCUGAGGCCAUGGCCGAUACUCUGGGCCGCUUCGUGGACUCUGGCUGGGUGAACCUGGUCGGUGGUUGCUGUGGCACUGUCAAUGGCCACAUCCACCUGCUGGCCGAAACCGCUGCAGGCAAAACGCCGCGUCAGCCUGUCGAGUCCCACGAGACCCGUGUUUCCGGGAUCGACGCCCUGCUGGUCGACGACCAACUCCGCCCGGCAGUCGUCGGGGAGCGCACCAAUGUGCUGGGGAGCCGCCGCUUCCGCCGCCUGAUCAACGAAGGCAAGUUCGAAGAGGCCGCCGAGAUCGGCCGCCGUCAAGCCAGAAACGGUGCACACAUCCUUGAUGUCUGCCUGCAGGACCCGGACCGAGACGAGGCUGCCGACGUCACUGAGUUUCUUGACCUAGUGACCAAGAAGGUCAAGACCCCCAUAAUGAUCGAUUCCACCGAUCCGGCGGUCAUAGAGCUUUCGCUGAAGCGGCUGCAAGGCAAGGCCAUUAUCAACUCGGUCAACCUGGAGGAUGGGGAAGAACGCUUCCAGGCGGUUGUGCCGCUGGCCCGCCGCUAUGGCGCUGCUCUAGUCGUGGGCUGCAUUGACGACGACAAGGAGCAGGCCCAGGCCGUAACCCGAGAGAGGAAAGUGGAAGUGGCGCUGCGUUCGGCCAAGUUGCUGACCGAGAAAUAUGGGGUUCCCGAAGAGGACCUGAUCUUCGAUCCUCUGGUGUUCCCGGUUGGUACCGGAGACGUGAAUUACAUAGGUUCGGGCGCCGAGACUGUGGAGGGCGUGCGGCUGAUCAAGGAGGCUUUGCCUCGCUGCAAGACCAUUCUUGGCAUCUCCAACGUUUCCUUCGGUUUGCCCGUCGCCGGACGAGAGGUACUGAAUUCGGUGUUCCUGUAUCACUGUGUGCAGGCUGGACUGGACAUGGCCAUCGUGAACUCCGAGUUGAUGAUGCGCUAUGCCAGCAUUCCCGAGGGGGAACGCAAACUCGCCGAAAACCUUAUCUGGUACCAGGGGGACGACCCAGUGGCGGACUUUGCGGCCCACUUCCGGGAGAAAGCGCCUUUCGGCCACCAACGAGGAACGCCGGCUCCUGCCGCUGGACGAGCGGUUGGCGCUGGCAAUCAUCGAGGGAACCAAGGAAGGGCUGGCUGA